AUGAGGCGAUAUGAUUAUGAGGGCUACUUCAACGGGCACCUGAACGGAGCGGAACUAGGUGGUUUUACAUUCGAGUUGAUCAUGACAAAACUGAACAUGAUGGAGCAUCAUUUCAUAGAGAAGCACCUUGAAACUGAUGAGAAAAUCGCCAUUCUCAGCUCCCGAAUCGAUAGCAUGAUAAAGUCCAUCGAACAUUUGGCCUGGAUUGCGCAGCAAACUGCUGAAACGGUGAACCAACUGGGCUUGAAUGGAAAGCACAUCGGGCAGAAUCUCAGCGUGAUACAGCGCGAUCUCACGAAUGUGUUAGCCGAGCAGAAACUCCUGGUGACAGGUCAUCAGCUCAGGGAAUACCUUCAUCUGAAAGGAUGCAACUCGACGAGCAUGGAUCUGAGUGAAUCUCGUUCUCGAUUGUAUGCUUCUUGCAAUAAGGUACCGAUACCGGUAUCUGGUGUGUACCACAUACGACCCGAGAAGCCUUUCAAGGAGCCGAUAACUGUGUUUUGUGAUCAAGAGUACGACAACGGCGGUUGGGUUGUGAUUCAGCAUCGUUUUGAUGGAUCGAUGAACUUCUACCGUAAUUGGCAGGAGUACAAGAAUGGCUUCGGAAAUCUGGAUGGAGAGUUCUGGUUGGGCCUGGAUCGCAUCUAUCAGUUAACGGUGUCGGGGCCUCACGAGUUGGUGAUACUGCUGGAGGAUUUCGACGGAAACAAGACGUACGCAAAGUACGAUCGUUUUGAGAUCGGCGACGAAGCUUCGAAGUAUGUAAUCAAGCAUAUCGAGGGAUACUCGGGAACGGCUGGUGAUUCUAUGGACGGCUUAAAAGGAUUUAAGUGGACUACGAUGGACUCCGAUAAUGAUAGUUAUAGUGAAAAUUGUGCAACGCUUUAUUCUGGUGCAUGGUGGUAUGGUGCAUGUCAUAAAAGCAAUCUAAAUGGACUUUACUUACGAGGUGAGACGAAAGAAUAUGCAACUGGAAUGGUGUGGUAUACUUUUCGUGGGCAUCACUAUGCAUUGAAAUCAACAAAAAUGAUGAUCAAACCCAAAUAG